AUGGAGAAUAAGCAGUAUCUCGACUUCACAGCCGGCAUUGCGGUCACAUCUCUCGGCCAUUCAGACCCAGGACUGUCACAGGUCCUAUCAGAGCAGUCUGAGAUACUGAUACAUGCAUCCAACCUCUUUCACAAUAAGCACACCGGUAAAUUGAGCCAGGCACUUGUCAGCACUACUCUGACCUCAGGUGCAAUGCGGACGGCCACCCAAGCGUUCAUUUGCAAUUCUGGAACCGAAGCCAACGAAGCAGCUCUCAAAUUUGCUCGGAAGGUAGGCCAUAGCCUCGACACUACAGGCGCAAAGCAUGAAAUAGUCUCCUUCCAGGGAUCCUUCCACGGCCGAACGUUUGGUGCUUUAUCUGCUACUCCAAACCCCAAAUACCAGGCUCCUUUCGCUCCCAUGGUCCCCGGAUUCAAGUAUGGAAAAUACAACGACAUCGAACAGCUCCCAACCCUAAUCACGGACAAGACGUGCGGCGUCAUCGUCGAACCUAUCCAGGGCGAGGGCGGAGUGAACGUUGCCUCCGCGGAAUUCCUUACAGCACUCCGUGCAAGAUGCGACCAAGUCGGAGCGGUGCUGAUCUUCGACGAGAUCCAAUGUGGUCUCUCUCGCACAGGUAGCCUCUGGGCACACGCUCACCCUUCACUCAGGCCAAAGGAUGGCUCCAAGCCCGCUCACCCAGACAUCCUCACCACCGCCAAGGCACUUGGUAACGGUUUCCCCAUCGGUGCCACGAUCAUUUCCUCUGAUACAGUAGGGAAAUAUAUCAAGGUUGGAGACCAUGGAACUACUUUUGGCGGAAGUCCACUUGCCUGUGCCGUGGGUAACCAUGUAUUGACCCGUCUGGCAAACAAGGAUCUCCAGGAUUCUGUUAACUCUAGAUCCCAAACCCUCAUCAAGGGGCUGAAACGGCUUCAGGAGCGGUAUCCCGAUGCUGUAUCUGAGAUUCGGGGUCGAGGUUUAAUACUUGGCUUGCAACUUACCGCUCCCUAUAUCAGCAAGGUUUCCGAUAUCCUUGGGUCUGCAAGGGAUAAGGGGCUGCUCAUUAUAUCUGCUGGAGAAGGUUGUAUUCGUUUUGUUCCACCGCUAGUCAUCACCGACGCGGAGAUUGAGGUUGGGCUGGGCAUCUUGGACGAAGCAAUGAGUGAGGUUGCGAACAAGGCGUAG